CUCCACAUGAUGGCAUACUGGCACGACUCAUCCACUUCUAAAUCCUCCAAAGUCCAAACCCCACCGAAUGAACGAAAAGAAAUUCAAAAAUCCAGUCUUUCAAGCCAAAGUUCUCAGCUUUCCAAUUCUCAGUUCAUAGUUCAAUAGAUAAGCUCUGUGUGGAUGUAAAAUGGCCUACUACAGCUCCAGCUACUAUCAAACUGGUCAUGAUGAUCAUGGUGAGUAUUACUUAACCUCUUAUGCUCAUAACCCUGAUGAUUCUGCUCCAAUUUCUUAUUCUAGCUAUGAAGAUCCCAGCUUUCAGAACUUGCUUGAAUAUCAAUAUCCAAACCCAACUCCAUAUUAUCAUGCCAAUUACCACUCUGCCUCUGUUUACAGCAACCCCAUUUCGAUUCAAUAUGACCCCCCAAAAUUCUAUGAACAGAGUUAUGAGACUGGUGUGACUCAGUUUCUGAUAUCCUACUCUGUUUCCCCUGAGUUUAAUGACCCUGAAAUUGAUGAUUAUGAUGAUUAUGAUCCAACACCUUACGGUGCUGGAUACAACAUUGAUUCACAGUAUGGUAAACCCCUUCCACCUUCAAAUGAAACUUGUUAUCCUCGCGGCGGUUCGUCCUCUCCUCUUGAUCUAAAACCCCCAAAUCUCAAUGGCGCCAUUGUUCCAGUUAGUGUUGGUGGUAAUGAACCAAUUGCUGAUGAUGAGCAAGCAGCAAAACCCAUCAAGGAAAUUAGCCAACCUACUAAGGAAGAAGAGCCAAGGCAGGUACUUGCAAUUGAGAAUGGGGAUGACACUAAAAGCCAGGGAAAGACUAAUCAAGGUGAGGUAUACAAUUCUGGGUCUGUAAGUGGGAGAGGGUUAUAUGAUCGAGUGCCUAGUGGGUAUGGAUUGGAAGCCAUGGACAUGUGUGAGAGUCUAUUUGGGUACUGGCCUUGUCUGGCUCGUGAUUUGAGGAGAUCGAAUUGCGAGCCAGGCAAUGACCUGCGAUAUUCUUGUGAAGGAAGGUAUGAAAAUUCAUGGAAAGGAGCUGCAGAUUAUCUAUUUGGGAGCUCAAAUCCAUAUGGGGGAGAAAGAACCACUUAUUAUGAGUAUGAAGACUACCGAGGAUAAUUAAUUGUCCACAACUUAUUUGGACACAUCUUUUCUAUUCUGAAUCCAAGUGGAGCCUGUAAUUUCUGGUCAUUAAUCUUGAUGCAACUUGAAUAAUUAUGUUGGUCAUAUUCUUUUUCAUAGUGCUUUUUAAUGGAUUGUUGAUAUUCAUUGCA